GGGCAUGCGGGAUGCAUCAGACCACCAGACCACCCACGGAACGGCAUCUAGGGACGGGUAAGGGGUGCCCAGUGAUGCCUGACUGGUGUUGGUCAGCCGGAACAUUGGCGGUUGCCAAUUAUACGCUGCACGAGGACAGGACUAUAUAACAUGCCGCAUCUACUCGAGAACCAGAACCACACUCUUCACCGAUCCGCUAGAGUACAGUCUCGUCUGUUCACCUACACUUCUCUUGUCCCCUUACCACCCCCCCCCCCCCCCCCCCCCCCCUUCCUUUGCGACCUCCAUCCGCCAACAUGGUCCUUACCAAGUACAAAGCCGCAGCUGUCACCUCCGAGCCCGCCUGGUUCGAUCUUGAGGGCGGUGUUCGCAAGACCAUCGACUUCAUCAACGAAGCAGGCCAAGCCGGGUGCAAGCUCGUUGCCUUCCCCGAAGUAUGGAUUCCGGGAUAUCCGUACUGGAUGUGGAAGGUCAACUACCAGCAAUCGCUGCCAAUGCUGAAGAAAUACCGCGAGAACUCCAUGGCCGUCGACUCGGAGGAGUUCCGGCGCAUCCGGAGGGCUGCCAGGGACAACCAGAUUUAUGUGUCGCUCGGCUUUUCCGAAAUCGACCACGCCACGCUCUAUCUUGCCCAAGCUCUCAUCGACCCCACGGGCGAGGUCAUCAACCACCGCCGCAAGAUCAAGCCCACGCACGUGGAGAAGCUCGUCUACGGCGACGGCGCGGGCGACACCUUCCUCUCGGUAACGGAGACCGAGCUGGGCCGGCUCGGGCAGCUCAACUGCUGGGAGAACAUGAACCCGUUCCUCAAGGCCCUCAACGUCUCGUUCGGCGAGCAGAUCCACAUCGCCGCAUGGCCCGUGUACCCCGGUAAAGAAACGCUCCGGUACCCGGACCCGGCGACCAACGUUGCCGACCCGGCAUCCGACCUCGUGACGCCGGCCUAUGCCAUCGAGACCGGAACCUGGACCCUUGCCCCGUUCCAGAGACUGAGCAAGGAGGGCUUGAAGAAGAACACGCCCGAGGGGGUGGAGCCGGAGACGGAUCCGUCGACUUACAACGGUCAUGCGCGCAUCUACAAGCCGGAUGGGACUCUUGUGGCCAAGCCGGACAAGGACUUUGACGGAUUGCUGUUCGUCGAUAUCGAUCUCAACGAAUGCCACUUGACCAAAGCGCUUGCCGACUUCGCCGGCCACUACAUGCGGCCUGAUCUGAUUCGCCUUCUGGUGGACACCCGACGCAAGGAGCUCGUCACGGAGGUAGACCCCAACGGCGGCAUCGCGACCUAUUCGACUCGGGAGCGCUUGGGAUUGAACACGCCGCUCGACAGUGACAAGGACGGGAAGAAGCGGGGACCCGUGGGCGUCGCAGGACUCAAGCAGGACUUGGACCGGCAGGCCUGAGAAUGAGACGGUCGUCGAAUGACACGUACCUGAAUCUGUUGGACUUCAAGUUGUUCCGCAUCUCCUCUCCAAUUGUCAUUUUCUUGUCAUACCUUAGUAAAGAAAGGUUGCUGAAAAGCGCUGUUACUAGUACAUACCAAUGGUGGCUCAGCUUCACAGUUCCCGAAGAGAAAUUGUCAAGGAACCCCAAUAAGUGCCCAAGCUGUCCCAAUAUCUCGAUCCUGUACAAUCAGAUUUCAUUUCGCGCGGAUCUCUCUUGAUCACCUCUCGAGGAAUUCCGGCUACCAGUACUCACAAUAACA